AUGGCAGCGAAAAAAAGAAAGUUUUCCGAAGAUUACGUUAAGUUUGGAUUUACCUUCAUAGAAAAAGACGAGCUACAAUUGCCUCAGUGUGUGAUACUAAUGAUAACCGUGACACUUGAAAGGCAUUUGAAGCAACAACAUCCUACUCUGGUUUUGAAGACGAAAGAGUUUUUUUCUUCUGAAGCAGAAUCACUCAAGCGGAUGAGACUGGAUAAAUCGGGAAAAGAGAUUUUGUACUUCCAAUCUUUGACAGCAGGUACUACAUCUGAAGAUAUAUUUAAUUCAAUAUCAAAUUUUGUUGAAAAAAAUUAUUUGGAUUGGAAGAAACUCAUUGGACUUUGCACAGAUGGCGCACCUGCAAUGAUAUGUGUACGAUCGGGCUUAGCUAAAAAAUCCCGCAUUGCUUUGGCUUCCAAAACAUUGCCACAGAAAUUGCGCCAGACUUUGGACUCGGCUAUAAAGAUUGUAAACUGCAUCAAGAGCAGCGCUUUGAACAGUCGGUUAUUUACUUUACUUUGCGAGGAUCUCGAUUCCGAUCACUUCUUCUGUUCCAUACAGAAGUACGCUGGCUGCCCAAAGGUAACAUUAUGGCUCGCCUUUAUGCAUUGA